AUGCCUGGACCAGCAUCCGUCGUGAUCCGGCAGGCUUCGCGUGCCUGCACUCGCCGAUUUUCCAACAACGCUCUCCUCUCUCCCUCAGCUUCCAUCGCCUCCUCGUCCAUCGUCGGUCGUCGCAGCUAUGUCUCCCAGUCCAAGCCGGCGAACGCCCAAGUUGCAGACGUCGAGUCUGCCAUCAAGGCAGACCAGAAGAAAUUCAUCCAGGAGAGUGGCAAUCUCCCCUCCCAGGUCAAGAUGCCUGGCACCGAGAUCACUGCCGAUGCAAUGCUGAGCCCUCAAGCUGGCAUUUUGAAGCAUGCAACCAUCAUGGAUCAGGGCACUCGCCCAAUUUACCUGGAUGCGCAGGCUACGACCCCCGUUGACCCCAGAGUUCUCGAUGCGAUGCUCCCGUUCCUUACCGGCCUCUUUGGCAAUCCUCAUUCGAGAACGCAUGCUUAUGGCUGGGAAAGCGAGAAAGCUUCCGAGCAGGCAAGAGAACACAUUGCCAAACUGAUUGGCGCAGACCCCAAGGAGAUCAUAUUCACCAGUGGUGCCACCGAAAGUAACAACAUGAGCAUCAAAGGUGUGGCAAGAUUUUUUGGCAGGUCGGGCAAAAAGAAGCAUAUCAUCACCAGUCAGACCGAGCACAAAUGUGUUUUGGACAGCUGUCGACAUUUGCAAGACGAAGGCUUUGAGGUCACAUAUCUGCCUGUCGACUCCAGCGGUUUGAUCAACCUCCAGCAGCUCGAGGAAGCAAUCAAACCAGAGACUGCGUUAGUCAGUAUCAUGACGGUCAACAAUGAGAUCGGAGUCAUCCAGCCGAUGAAAGAGAUCGGACAGCUGUGCCGGUCCAAGAAAGUGUAUUUCCACACCGACGGCGCCCAAGCGGUCGGCAAAAUUCCCAUCAGUGUCAACGAUUGGAAUGUCGACCUGAUGUCCAUCUCUAGCCAUAAGAUCUACGGGCCGAAGGGGAUCGGUGCCUGCUACGUUAGAAGACGGCCUCGCGUCAGGUUGGAUCCCAUCAUCAGCGGUGGCGGCCAAGAGCGCGGUCUGCGCAGCGGCACGCUCGCACCUCACCUGGUGGUCGGCUUCGGAGAAGCCUGUCGUAUUGCCAAAGAGGAGAUGGAGUACGAUUCCAAACGCAUCAAUUUUCUGUCCAAGCGACUUGUCGAUGGCUUGCUUUCAAUGGAGCACACAUCUUUGAAUGGAGACCCAAGUCGACGGUAUCCGGGAUGUGUCAACGUUUCGUUUGCGUACGUCGAAGGAGAGUCUCUCUUGAUGGCCCUCAAAGAUAUUGCCCUGUCCUCCGGCAGUGCCUGCACUUCCGCCUCUCUGGAGCCUAGCUAUGUUCUCCGCGCUCUGGGAAAUAGUGACGAAAGCGCACACAGCAGCAUCCGUUUUGGCAUUGGGCGAUUCACCACGACUAGCGAAAUCGACUAUGUUUUGAAAGCUGUCCGUGAGCGUGUCACCUUCUUGAGAGAGCUCAGCCCGCUCUGGGAACUGGUCCAAGAAGGAAUCGACUUGAACACCAUCGAGUGGAGUCAGCAUUGA